UCUCUAUUGUUGUCCGUAAAUGCUGGCAAACCACAAAGUAAUCAUAUUAUGUAUUAUGAAAUAGAUUUCAGGGUAGCAUUGUUGGAAUAUAUUAAGGAAUUAUCACCAUAGUAAGCUAAAAUAAUAGGGCGAGGGAGUUUGCGCAACGCGCUGCUCGGAUGGUCUGCCUUGUACGUGCCAGGCUGCCAGCCUCGGCCGUUGGCGCGAAAACUGUGGGAAAGACAGGGACAGUUCAGGAAGUCUCAGGCUGUUUUGGAGCCUUUCGUGGCUGUGCUAGCAAAUAGCAGGAAGAGCGUAUCCUGCUACUGUAUGGGCUGGAUCAACCUCAACUUGUAACUGGUGGUAGCUACUCCAUCCAUUAAUUCUUUCCCUCUGUUGAGACAGCUUAAAAGUAAUAAACCACUACUCUAACUUUCCUAUUUUUCCCUGACUUUUGAUCACAGUCUCUUCUCAAUUAAUUAUGUCUUACCAUAAAAGAUACAGGCAGAUACAACGUGAGCUCAAGGAACUGUUGGUUAGUAGUAGUGAAGAGGAAGCUGACUGGGUUCAUCAAAACACCAAAAUUCCCAAACUUUACCAUAAUAACUCUGACCCAUCUUUAAGCUUUUCUGACCAGGACAGUUGUGAAAGUACAUCCUUAUCCCCCUUGAUAGUAACUGCACCAGAAGAAUUAAGCACAGAUGAUGAGAGUCACCACCAUAUAUCUGAUUUGGCACUUGAAGAAGGAUUAGCUUUAUGGGCAUCAAAAAAUAACAUUACACGCCAGGCAGCAAAUGAAUUAUUGGAGCUGUUGAGGAAUAAUGGGCAUAAUCUACCUAAAGAUUCACGCACUUUGAUGGAAACUCCAAGGUACCUAUCUUACUAUAGUGACAGUCCCGACCAGCAUGACAAGAGGCACCAUGACACACUUUACCGAAGAAGAAGCCAUGACCAAGGUGACAGGAGACAGCUUGACACACCUGACCGAAGUGAUAGCCCUGGCCAGCAGGAGAGGAGAUAUGAAAAACACUAUCAAAAUAGAAGUCAUGACCACUAUGACUGGGACAAUAGACGUGAUAGACACAACCAGAGAGACAACAAGAGCAGGUGUGACCCUUGUAAUGACAAUCAAAAGAAUCACAAAGGUAGCCAGGAAGAUGCUGAAUCCAGCUUCCCUCUAACUAAAUUUCAGAAGCGAGUGUUACAACUUCUGCUGGACAUCAGGAAAACUGUUUCGGAUACGAGCACAUGUGGUGGUAAACCAGCUGACACAGCUUGUACUCUUACAAUCAAACGGAAUAAUUCCCUGGAAGAAGUGCAGAAUCUAGAGGAUAAAUUGGUUAAUCCCAGUUAUUUCAUGGAAGUGUGCAACCAGUGCGUCCGCAUAGGUGGCUAUAAUAAGAGAGAUAUGGUCUCUAAUUUGAUGUGCAGGUUUAUGACCAAAAACCUCAUGUGUCAGUAUAACAUGCUUGGGCAGAGAGGCAAGUUGUCUUUUAGAAAAACAAAGUUAUACAAUGUGAUUCAGGAGAGCGUGCUUAAAAAGUUCUCAGAUUCAAAUGUGACAGAAAUACAAAUGAUAGUUGCAGCAAAAUUGCGUAAUGCUCCAAAAUUGAAAAAUGAAAAUUAGCUGAUGUAAAAUGGUACUUACAAUCAGUUAAGAUCUGCAAGAAUGUUAAAACAAACCAAUCUUUGUCUCAUGCAUGACCUUGGUGAAGUAAAGUAUUUUCAUACCAAGAUGAACUGCAAUAGCGCAGUGAAAAAUCUAGUCAUACCCACUGCCACCAGGAGUCUAACCCGGGUCUCUUGAGUGAGAGCCAGACAGCAAGACCACUACACCACUGUGGUGUAGGGGUCUUGCUGCCUGGCUCUCACUCAAGAGACCCGGGUUCGACUUCUGGUGGCAGUGGGUAUGACUAGAUAAAGUAUUUUCAUUUUGUAUGUUACUAAAAAAAUGCUGGUAAAUUUAUCUCAUGACUGAUUGUACACAGAUGACCUUAUAUAUUGUAACUAUGUGUACAUUUCCCUUCCUCCCCCCUCUCUCUCUCUCUUAAAGAAGCUCUUUUUCUAUCAGAAUGACAAAAUUUAUUGAUGUGUAAACAGUAUAAGGGGGGAUGUUAGAGAAGCUUAAGAAUGAAAGAACCAGGACCGCCGAGAACUGAACCUCAGACAAGCUGUUCCCGCCACCACGCUAACCUGGUCCUGGUUCUUUCAACUUGUCGUUAUGGGAUUCAAGCUUAAGAAUGGUUUUAAGAUGUGGAGAGAGACUUACUGCUGUAAAAUUUGAACCGAUUGGGAUAUUACCUCAUGAUAUUUAUGUGAGAUGAUAUUAAUGAUCUCAGAUUAUAAAAGCAAACUAGUAUUAUUAACAGUGAUUUAUUUUGUAAUUUAGUAAUAGAUAUAACAUUUUAAUUUAUAAUUUUGCUUUUGCCUACCACUUAGGUUCCCAUGUAUUUUUACGUAAAUGAAAAAGUAUGGAGCUACACAAGUAUCAAUUCACAAAAUGCUUAAUUUCAUUGACAACUGUGGUCUGUAUUGUUUUAAGCAUAUUGUGUACUUGUGGCAGGCCUGGUAUUCUUUGCAUAUAUUCCCCCUGGGGCUACAUAGAUACUAGAAUGUAGCCCUCUCCAUGUCGGCUGUGUGCCGUAAGAGGCGACUGAUUCUGGCCCUGGGUGGGGAUCUCUUUUACUAGCCCAUAGCAGGUCUUUUUACCGCUUGACAUAUUUUCCCUUCUCAUUUCCCUUUGCUUUCUGUCCAUUUUCUUUUACGUUCUCUUACUUUUCCGAGUGGUAGGCUGACUCUUUGUCAGAGUGAGGGUUGGUGUCCUUUACUUCCCAUAGCCAUUUCUGUCUUUCUCUUGUUCUAUAUACCUCUACUGUUUAGGGUGACACUAGGCUGGGGAUCUGCCCAUUCUUCUCUACCUUUUAUAGUCCCACUUGUGGCACAUGCCCAGGGAUAAUGCUAGGCACAAGUGCCAUGGGAACCCAUUUAUUGAGUCGUGGCCCGGGAUGGCGGAUGGUCACCCUCACAGUUCAAGGGUGGUUUCUGCUGUUCUGGACCAUGGCAUGGGGAGGUAAUGCAUAGGAGCAGGUGUCAGGCUAUGGAUGGAUUGUGGCUAAACAAAGUUUUAAUUUUUUGUAUUACUGGGAUCAUCCAUUUAUAUAUUGCAGUUAUUCUUCAUUCAAGUCAGAUAUCUUGAAAGCCUUUAUAUAUAAAAAUGCAAGCACUAACUUUUUUUUUUUUUUCAUAAAAUAUGGAAAUUAUUUUGGUUUUGAUAUUUUUACAAGGAUGAAGAUUAUUAAAUUUAUGAAAAAGUGUAAGACUGAAGAAUAUAUAUAUACACACUUUCUGUA